GGCAUGUCGGCCCGCGUCACUCGCGCAGCAGGAAAUUGCCAAAUUCUAGUGCCCUGCGUCAAGAACGCACGGCACGGCACGAGAUCUGGCCGUCGCGACGCGCGUGAGAUUUUUAGAUAGAUCAGAGAGUGUCAUAGUGGUCUGUGUGUGGCACAGUGGCCUGUCACCUCACCUGAUCCAACACAGGCGCGCGCGCGAGCGGGGCGGGGCGAGGCGAGGCGAUGCUGCAGAGGUGGGGCUUGGGCGGCGGCGCGGCGGCGGAGGAGCCCGAGCUGGCGCGCUUCUCCUUCGCCGAGCCCCUCCCGCCAUGGCCGCAAGGUGGUGGGUUUGCGACGGGGAGGAUUUGUGUCGGCGAGCUGGAGCUCGCGGCGGUGACCGCGUUCGAGAAGAUCUGCGCCUUGUCGUCGACGAGGAAGGGCGCCGGCGUCACGUUCUACAGGCCGGCCGGCGUGCCGGAGGGGUUCUCUGUGCUCGGACAUUACUGCCAGCCCAACAGCCGCUCGCUCCACGGCCACCUGCUCGUCGCCAAGGCCGCCGCGGGCACGCCGGAGUCGCCGUCGCAGUCGCCUCCUCUCCGCCCGCCGCACGACUACGAGCUCGUCUGUGCGUUCCGUGCUGACGGCGUCGGCGACGACAGGAAGUCUUGCCAUGGGUACGGCCGCACCGGCGCCUACUUCUGGCUGCCCGUGCCGCCGGAAGGGUACCGCGCGCUCGGGCUGCUCGUCACGGCUGAGCCCGACAAGCCGCCGCUCAGGGAGGUCGCGUGCGCCCGCGCCGACCUCACCGACGAGUGCGAGCCGCACGGCUCGCUGCUCGGGCUGCAGCUCGUGGGGCCCUCCGCGUGCUGGUCGUCGUCGACGCUCCCGGCGGCGUUCGCCGUGCGUGGCGUCAGGCCGGCGCACCGGGGGAUGUGGGGGCGGGGCAUCGGCGCCGGGACGUUCUGCUGCGGCGCGGUCGGGUGCGCGCCGCGGGACCAGGGGAUGGCCUGCCUUAAGAACGUGGAGCUCGACCUCUCGGCGAUGCCGACGCUGGAGCAGGCGCACACGGUGAUCCGCCAUUACGGGCCGACGCUCUUCUUCCACCCCAAGGAGGUGUACCUGCCGUCGUCCGUGUCCUGGUACUUCAAGAACGGCGCCGCGCUGUGCAAGAAAGGGGAGAGCGCCGCCAUGGAGCUCGACGGCGAGGGGUCCAACCUCCCGUGCGGCGAGUGCAACGACGGGGAGUACUGGAUCGGCCUGCCUGACGGCAAGAGGGGGGAAUCCAUCAUCUACGGCGACAUCGACAGCGCGGAGCUCUACGCGCACGUGAAGCCGGCGAUGGGCGGGACGUGCACCGACGUCGCCAUGUGGGUGUUCUGCCCGUUCAACGGCCCGGCAAGGUUCAAGCUCGGGCCGAUCACCAUCCCGCUCGGCAAGACCGGGCAGCACAUCGGCGACUGGGAGCACUUCACGCUCCGCGUCAGCAACUUCACCGGCGAGCUCAUGGCCGUCUACUUCUCGCAGCACAGCGGCGGGCGGUGGGUGGACGCGUCGGCGCUGGAGUACGCCGCGGGCAACAGGCCCGCGGUGUACUCCUCCCGGAACGGCCACGCCAGCUACCCGUUCCCGGGCGUGUACCUGCAGGGCUCGGCGGCGCUCGGGAUCGGCAUCCGGAACGACGCCGCCCGGAGCGAGCUGUCCGUGGACUCGAGCGCCAAGUACCGGAUCGUGGCGGCGGAGUACCUCGGCGAGGGCGCCGUCGACGAGCCGCGGUGGCUCAACUUCAUGAGGGAGUGGGGCCCGACGGUGGUGUACAAGUCGCGGCAGAGGAUGGAGCGUAUGGCGAGCGGCAUGCACCGCCGGCUGAGGAGCCCGGCGGAGAGGAUGCUGAACAAGCUGCCCAACGAGCUGUCCUGGGAGGAGGGGCCAACCGGUCCCAAGGAGAAGAACAACUGGGAGGGAGACGAGCGAUGGUAGUUGCAAGAGAUUUGUCAAUCUGUGCGUGGUAUGUGGCUUGUCAUUUUGAUUCAGGUGUUUUGUUUUGUUUCGUUUCACCAGUGGAGAUCGUACUGUGACAGGAAUACGUGAUUCUUAUUCAUGAUUGGGAGAGACAGAUUGUGAUUGUUUGUGCUUUGUAGCCUAUUAUACAGUCUACGUGAGAAUAUUGGACUA